CAGGGCAGGAGUAGAACUUAGCAUAUUCCUGAUGUAAAGAAAAUUCUUGUAGUAGAUGAAGCUAAACUAAAAUUACAAAAAUAAUUUAAUUGAAAUUUAUAACAAAAACAUUAAAAUUAAAAUGAAAUAUAUGAAUUUAUGAGAAUUUUAUAUUAAUGGUAAAACAGAUAUAACUAGGUCUCAUUAAAAGUAAAUAUAUAUAAUUUGAGGGAACCAUUAGUUCUUGUUUGACAAAUAAAAAUUAAAGAAAAAAAACUAUAAAAAGUUGGAAUUAAUUUGGAUUAUUUUAAUAUACAAAACAAACCAAAUAAAGUGAAAAAAAUCAAAAGAGAAAAGAAGAAGAAGAUUUUUUUAGUCAUUAAAUAAUGUAUUCACUUAAUCACAAUAAGUAUAAGAAAUUGGUAUCUUCCUGUUUUGAUAUCUCUGCGUCCGGACUAAACAAUGCUAGCAAAAGGAAUCAAUACCCAUUACUGCCGAAACCUCUCUCACUUCAAAUCUUCCUUCUUGACUCUUCAUUACUCAAAUUUCUCCCCUCAAAAACACUUUCAAAGAAAUAAUAAACAAUUGAAUAAAUUUCUUGUUUACUGCAAUUUCAUGAUCAAUAAACAUGGAAAUAACGGAAAUAUUGAAGAAUCAGAGUCCAUAUUUAACCGCAUGCCACACAAAAACGUAAUAACUCACACUUCCAUGCUAACUGCAUAUGCCAAGAAUGGGCAAAUUGCAAAAGCAAAGAAACUGUUUGAUGAAAUGCCUGAGCGAACCACAGCUACAUAUAAUGCUAUGAUCACUGCAUAUAUAAGGAACAGUUGUAUGGUAGAUGAGGCCUUUAGUUUGUUUUCUCGGAUGAGUGAAAGAAAUGCGGUGUCUUAUGGUGCUAUGAUCACUGGGUUUCUCAAGGCAGGAAUGUUUGAAAAGGCGGAGAAUUUGUAUCGCGAGAUCCCAGCUAAGUGGCGGGAACCUGUUUGUUCUAAUGCAAUGAUAAGUGGGUAUUUGAAGGUUGGGAGGUUGGAAGAGGCAAUUAAGGUUUUUGAGGGUUCGGUGGAGAAAGAUGUUGUUUCUUGGAGCUCUAUGGUUGAUGGUUAUUGCAAGAAAGGAAGAAUUUUUGAGGCUAGAGAGCUGUUUAAUAUGAUGCCAGUGAGAAAUGUGGUUACUUGGACCUCUAUGAUUGAUGGGUACAUGAAUGUUGGAUUUUUUGAAAAUGGGUUUAGUUUGUUCUUAAGUAUGAGAAGAGUUAUUGAAGUUAAUCCUCUUACCUUGACUAUAAUGUUUGAAGCCUGUCGUCAUUUUGGAAGAUAUAGAGAGGCAAUGCAGGUUCAUGGUUUGGUUUUACGCAUAGGAUUUGAAUUUGACAUCUUUUUGGGAAAUUCUAUUAUUGCAAUGUAUUGUGAAUUUGGCUGUAUGGAUGAAGCCAAGAGAAUGUUUCAGAUGAUGAACAAUAAAGAUGUGGUAUCUUGGAAUUCAUUGAUUUCUGGUUAUAUUCAACAUGAUGAAAUUGAGGAAGCUUAUAAACUUUUUGAGAAGAUUCCAGGAAAAGAUGUGGUUUCUUGGACGACUAUGAUUACAGGAUUUUCUGCUAAAGGGAAUGUUCAGAAGGGCAUUCAAUUGUUUAAAAUAAUGCCUGAGAAAGAUGAUGUAGCUUGGACUGCAGUCAUUUCUGGUUUUGUGAGUAAUGGCGAGUAUGAAGAGGCUUUUCUCUGGUUUAUAGAGAUGCUUAAGAAAGCAGUGAAGCCAAAUUCACUAACUUUCAGUAGUAUGCUUACUGCUUCAGCCAGUUUGGCGACACUAAACCAAGGCCUGCAGAUCCAUGCCCAUGUAGAAAAGAUGGAUGUGCAAUUUGAUUUGUCUAUAAGGAAUUCUUUAGUGUCAAUGUACUCAAAAUGUGGAAACAUUGCUGAAGCAUAUCGGGUCUUUACAAGUAUUAACGCACCCAACAUUAUUUCUUUCAACUCGAUGAUUACUGGGUUUAGCCAAAAUGGGCAUGGGGAAGAAGCUCUUGACUUAUUUAGCAAAAUGAGGAAAGAAAAUCAGGAGCCUAAUGAGAUCACAUUUCUUGGUAUUUUAUCAGCCUGUACCCAUGUAGGAUUAGUUAAGGAAGGAUGGGAGUAUUUUAAUUUGAUGAAAUCUUUCUACAAUAUUAAACCAGGGCUAGAUCACUAUGCAUGCAUGGUUGAUCUCCUUGGUCGAGCUGGAUUUCUCGAUGACGCGAUUAAUUUAAUACACUCAAUGCCAUUUGAGCCCCAUUCUGGGGUUUGGGGAGCUCUGCUUGGUGCCAGCAGAAUUCACUUUCGUCUUGACUUGGCUAAUCUGGCAGCUCUACACCUUAUCAAACUAGAGCCUCAUAGCGCAACCCCUUACGUGGUCUUGUCUGAUAUAUAUAAUACUAUAGGAAAAAAGAAAGAUGCAGACCAAGUUAGAAUGAUGAAAAGGUCAAAAGGACUAAAGAAGAGUCCAGGUUGUAGCUGGAUUAUAAUGAAGGACAAGGUUCAUUUAUUUCUUGCUGGAGAUCAAUCCCACAUCGAUUUGGAAGAGAUUAAACUUACACUGCAUUCAAUAACAAAGGAAAUGAGAGGCUUGGAUUGCCAUGGAAAUGACUUAUAAAAAUCUGUUCAAGCUAUUCAUCCUGUACUUUGUUGUGCUUUCCCUCCUAUACAGUAAAAGAGUUGAAAGGCUGGGUUGUUCUUUCAGAUUACCUUGAGAAGAGAUUUUGCUUGUUUGGUAUUUGUGCUGGAGGAUCAAGAAAUGUGACAAAUGGCGAGGAGAAAGCCAUAGCAGUUCAUCGCUUCUAUAUUAUUUAUAUUUUUCAGCUGCAAAAAAUGAUUUUGAUGCAAAGCUGAAAGACUUCUCAUAUUCUUGCAGAGAUUGUCUGAGAAUGAUUAUUUCUCUUUGUAGAUUACCUCCUAACCUUGAGUAUACCUAGGUAUUCUUGCCAUUAGUCUUCUAGAGAGACAUUCUGCUCCGCAUAAAAUGAUUGAUGGUUCUUGUGCAUAUCCGCAUAGAGAUGCUGCGUCCAGCAAGCAAAUUAUAUCUGAAGGGAUAUUCUGCUCUGCUUCCUUCUUGUGUGAAAUUUCAACGGUUCUCAUACUUGAUGUCCUAAACAGGCCUAUAGUGGGAUAUUCCAAGUUCCCUAUAAAGAUCAAUUAAAAUCAGAGUUUGAUUUCGUUCCAAUUCCAAUUCCUGUCUUUGGAUUGUUGUUAGUGAUCAGAGCCAUUAAAACCCUUAGAGCCAUGAAGAGUAUCUCAAAUUAAAGAUGACAGGGGAGAUGAAUAUUUGGUUGACAAUGUUUUGAACAAAACUGGUAUGAGGGUACAGAUAAAUGGACUGUAAAACAAGCCGCUAAUCUGUCAGUUGCAGCUCCUGCAAUUGCAUCUUCUUUGGAUACAUGAUUCCUCGGUGGUUUGAAGGAGGAAAGAGAUGAAGCUGCUAAGGGCUUUAAUUCAGGUGCUGUGGAGAUAUCUUGAUUGGCUGAUUGAUGGAUAAAAAGGAUGUUGAUUAACGGUGCGGAGCAAGCUCUCUAUGCGCCUAAGAUUUGUAAUAAUGCAUAGGGGAUGCAUCUGAUCCAUGCAAAUAGGAUUGAGAUGUGAUGGGACUUGAAGUUGGGAGAACUGGAUUCACCUACUAACAUAUCGGCCGCCUUUACCUAAGAUCCUAGCAUCAAAAAUACCAAUUUUUUGUCUAAUUUUUGGAGUAAAUGGGAUUGCUAAGAAUUUGGAAGGUGGCCUGCAUUUUUUGCAGCUGGAAUCAUGAAGGCUUAUGAUAGUAACACUUUUCUGGGUAACCUUCUGGUGGAUCCAAAGUUCAUAAAGGAAAUCAUUGUCAAUCAGUGAAUCUGCCUGGAAGAGGGUUGUAUUCCUUGCUAUCAACUAUACUUCCUCCCUUUUCACACAUAUAUGGCCUAAACCUCCUCAAGAACGUGCCACGGCUGCGCUCCACACGAUGACAAGUAUCAUCCUUGUUUUCCUUUGCCACAUUCCGCUCUCCACCGAUUUGAAGCACUUUGUCAUCUUCACUUUCCACUUUCACUUCCUCCUCCUUAAGUCCUGGAAGGUCAGCCUUAAAUACAUGAGCUUUUGGAGUCUCCUUCUAGUCUAUGCAAGCAUUAACAAAAAGCAGAAUUUUCACGAGAGACGAGUGAAAAUGAAGAAUGAGAUGGAAAGUCUUUGAAUGGAGCCUAGAUCUCGUAAUAAGAGAAGGGAUCGAAUUUCUGGGUAGUUGCAGCAGAGGAGACAUCUCUUAAUUUAUGGGCCACGACCAUAUAGCUUUGAAUGUAAAGCAAGAAGCUUCCGGUAAGUUCUUGAGGCUCAGAGGCAUAUACCACCAUUCUUGUUCCUCGACCUAUAGGCGCUACAUCCGCCUAAUCCAUCCUUUAAAUUCCAGUCCUCUAGCGACUUAGGUUCAUACCCACAGACACAGACAACUCACAGAUUUCCUCUCUACCCUCAGGCACUAUUCUCGUCGACUCCCCUGAGUUUCUCUCUUUUCUUCACCAUUCAAACACUACCACAUAUGUGAGCGUGAAUCAGUCAACCUGACAACUAUUCUUUAUUCAUCGGGAACAACAUGAGAAGUCAAAGGUGUAAGCUUGACUCGCCGAAAUGUAAGAGCAUUAAUCCCAGGAUUUUAUCACAACAAGGGUCAAGAUCCAAACAAACCCAAACCUAAGCCAGUUUCACUUCUUAUGUUGCCCCUGUUUCAUGUUUUGGGUUGUUUAUGUUGGUAAGAGUAUUUGCUAUGGGAGAGAUAGUGUUUUUGAUGGAAAGAGUUGAUUUUGAAGGAAUGUUAAGAGUUCUGAACAAGUAUAAGGUUGCUUUUAUGCCAGUUUCUCCACAUUGAUUGCGGCUUUAGUGAAAUCUGAUUUAACUAAAAAGUAUGACUUGAGUU